GUGAAGGGCUUCAUAUUUUACACAACCACCUUCCUCUUGGCCCUGCCGCUGUUUGUGAUCAUGCUGCUGUUGGCCCCAUUCGUGGCAGCCUUCGACAAGCACAGGCGGCUGGCCCAGCAUUUUGUGAACAACAUCUGGGCCAAGGUCUCCACCAUUCCCUACUAUGGUGUGGAGAUCGUGGGCAAAGAGAAUUUACCGGCAGCAGAUACACCAGCGGUGUAUGUCUCCAAUCAUCAGAGCUUUUUGGACAUCUUCACGCUGUUCCACUUGGACAGGCCCUUCAAGUUUGUGUCGAAGACUCCAAACUUCUUCAUCCCCAUUGUCGGCUGGAGCAUGUUCCUCACAGGACACAUUAAGCUGAACAGGAUUGACAAGAGGAGCCAGAUCAAGUGCCUCGGGGACUGCAAAGACCUGCUCGCCAAGGGAGCAAGCGUUCUCUUCUUCCCAGAAGGGACCCGCAGCAAGGACGGCAAGAUGGCUGAGUUCAAAAAGGGCGCCUUCUCGGUGGCUUCCAAGGCAAAGGUGCCAAUCGUGCCAGUGACGCUGAUAGGCACCGGCCACCUCAUGCCCAACGGACAGGAGGGCAAGAUGUACAAUGGCCGCGUGAAGAUGAUUGUGCACCCGCCCAUCGCGCCCGGCAGCCCGGACGCCACCAUGGAGCAGGCCAGGGCCCAGAUCGCAUCCGCGCUACCGGCCUGA